CAUCCAUCAGAAAAAAUACUUCCGGGAAAGGACAGAAACACACGUGUGCGAGCGUUUUACGGUUUAUGUUAUACUAGUAGCUAGCCUACAUACUUCAUAGUUGUUGACGAUUCAAACACGCGCGUUUUCUUUUACGAUGUCUCCGCCAAGGAGUAAGAAGAGGAAGCCGAGCUUUCGCAGGCUGCUCAAGACAAGUAACGUGAAGCUUGAAAACAAGCUGAAAAAUCGGCAGUUCAAGAAGGAGAGCACUGACAAGAAACACCGCAAGGAGCAGAAGAAGCUCCGCGCAGCACUCAAAGAUGCCGCCUUGAAAACCCCCCUCCCAAUGGAGCGUUACAAGAAGAGGCCAGAGGAUGAAGAGGAGGAGGAGUUUGUGGAGUCCCUGCCAAUGGACAUGAUGGAUGAAGAUGACCUGGAGCAGAUCAAGGCCAUGGCUCAGAAAGCCUCCUUCCUCACAAGAGACCUUUCAUCUAGUGGUCCUGUGCAUGCCAAGAAGCGUAAGUCGGAGCAGCAGGGGCUGGAAAAUUAUGAGAAGAUGCCCAGGAAAAUGCAUCAGACAGAGGAGAAGGAGGUUAUUCACCUCCUGCCGAUCAAAGACAAGAUUAGAGGUCUAAUCCCUCAAAGCAUGGAGAAACCUGUUGUACCAAAAGAAAAUGAAGAGGAGGAUGAAGCAGAUGCCCUGACUGGCUUUGAGCAGUUUGAAAACGAGGAUGAGGCUGAGGCCAGGCCGGCCCUAACCGCUCAGGAGCAGCUGAAGGUCCGAACACAGAAGCUGAUCGACCGGAAACUCCGCAUCGCCAGUCUAGGAUCAGACAUCCUCUCAGAACCUACCACCAAUAUCAAGAAGCUGAAAGAGCUGCGAGCCAUGCUGAUGGAGACAGACCCGUGUGUGGCCGUGACAGUCAGAAAGUUGGUCAUGGUCUCUCUGAUGGAGGUCUUCAAGGACAUCGUACCCUCCUACAGGAUUAGACCCCUGACGGAGACAGAAAAGGCCUCGAAGGUGAAGAAAGAGACCCAACAGCUUAGGGAGUUUGAGGAGGGCUUGGUGAGCCAGUACAAGUUUUACCUGGAGAACCUGGAGCAGACAGUCAAAGACUGGAAGCAGAAGAAGAGAAAGCGGAGAGAGUCCGUGUCCCUCCAGUCCUAUAAGGGUCUGGCUGAGGUGGCCAUCCGCUGCAUCUGCGAACUGCUGGUCGCCCUGCCACACUUCAACUUCCACAACAACAUCAUCGUCAUGGUGGUGCCCUUAAUGAACGACUCCAUCAAGAGGGUUUCGGAUAUGUGCUGUGAGGCUGUUAAGAAGCUGUUGAAACAGGACAAACCGGGCCAGGCAUCACUGGGGACUGUCAAGGUCAUCUCUGGCUUUGUCAAGAGCAGGAACUAUGACGUCAGACCUGAGGUACUGAAGGUUCUCCUCUGCCUGAGAAUAAAGGAAGCUGAGCUGAAGAAAGACACAGACGACACCGCUCCCAAAAAAAAGGUCAUGAAAUAUAAAGACAAACAGAAGACUCUGUCCAGGAUGCAAAGGAAGUGGAAGAAGGCUGAGGAGAAACUGGAGAAAGAGCUGUUAGAGGCAGAUGCGUCAGAGAGCAAAGACAAGAAGAUCAAACUACACACAGAGACCUUGAACAUUGUGUUCUUGAUAUACUUCAGAAUACUGAAGAAAGCUGAAAAGUCCAUCCUGCUUUCUUCCGUUUUAGAAGGUCUAGCAAAGUUUGCCCAUCUAAUCAACCUUGAAUUCUUUGAUGACUUGUUGAACGUUCUCCAACAUCAUAUCCAAUCAGGAGAUCUUACCUAUCGGGAAAGUCUUCACUGCAUUCAGACAGCCUUCAACAUUCUCUCUGGUCAAGGUGAUGUCCUCAACAUCGACCCACUGAAGUUCUACACCCACCUGUACAAGACCCUGCUCAAACUCAAUGCGGGAGCGUCAAAUGACGACAUCAGCAUCGUGCUGCGGUGUCUGGACGUGAUGCUGACCAAGCGCAGGAAGCAGGUGACACUGCAGCGCGCCCUGGCCUUUGUGAAGCGGUUGAGCACGCUCAGUCUGCACACGCUGCCCAACGCCACCGUGGGCAUCCUGGCAUCCAACAGGACCUUGAUGCAUACCUUCCCGAAGUGUGACAUCCUCCUGGACAAUGAGGCGCAGGGCAGUGGGGUGUACCUACCGGAGCUGGACGAGCCUGAGUACUGCUGCCCUCAGAACACGGCCAUGUGGGAGCUACACACACUAAAGAAACACUACCACCCAGUGGUCCGAAGGUUUGCCACUCACCUCUGUGCAGGCGCUCCCAGUGAAGGAUCUGGGGCACUGAACGUUCAACUUGCUAGAAGACACCCAGUCGAGCUGUUUGAGGACUACAGUGCUAAAGACAUGACAUUCAAUCCUCCAGUGGCAGCACCUUCCACAAAGAAAAAGGAUUAUUUCACGAUGGGUAACGCCCUGUUGGAUGAUCAAUUGAAGACGCAGAUUGACCGCGUUCUGUCAGCUGAGACAGAAGAAGCAUCGCUUGAUUUCUCUGCAAUUCUACACCAGACUAGGAACACAUGAGAAUUCCUGUUCACUUGCCGUAUUUUGUAAUGACAUCAAAUGUAAAAUAACUUAUGAUGUAGGUAUUCUUAAAUAAUUAUUUUGUUCAGACAUUGUAGCCAUGUGUCAAUGUAUUUUGGUUAAAGAAAAAUAAAGAAGUGAACCAUUA